CACUCGUUGAAUAGUUCUGCAAGCGCUCAUCGACAUCGCUGCAGCAUGAGGCGCUCGUCUUUCUUGUUGGCUUCUGCACGGCAGGGAGCCGGCAGCAGCGGCGGCGGGAGCACGCAGAAGGUGCCCCUGACGAGGCUGAACCUGGCCUCGGAACGGGCGGCCGCGCUCGUGGCGAUGCGCAGUGAGGACGCAUACAGGGCUCGCUAUCGACCCACCCUCGGCAGGUCGUACAUGGAGAGUGAUCCCAUUUCUUCGUCUGCUUCCGUUGCCUCGUUCUCGUCGUCGACAAGCACGCCGAUGAUGUCGUCGUCAUCCGGCCUCGUCGGUGCUUCGUCCAGUCGACCCUCUGUGGGGAGUGGAGCCGCAGGGCCAGCAGCAGCCGCCGCACCACAAACCCAAGGCCAGCGUGCCUCGUCCUCACAGUCGGCAUCUUCCUCGUCAAAGAGUGCUUCGGAAAGCGAAGAAGAGGAGUCGAGCUGGGCUUUUGGCGGGGGAGCAUCGAGCCGCGGCGGGCCUCGCGAGUCGCACGAGCACCUCGACGAGGCCCAGCGAGCAGGCCACAACACCCCCCACGCACCCUUUGUUGUCCAGGGAUCAGCGGGGAAGAAUGCGGUACCAAACUACGGAAAGCGAAGAAGGGAUGUUCAAUAUUCGGCAGAAGAGCGAAAGCAGAUCAGGCAACAGCAGCAACAACAACAACAGCAACAACAAAAUCAAGGGAAGCAAUCAAAAGACGAGGAACUCGCAAGCAGCUAUUCGCACGAAUAUGCGCCGACCAGCCGGUCGAGAAAGCCCCUUCCGCAUCAUACCUACUUUUCCUCGCCCUCGUCGAGCUUCAACGACGAUGCCGCAGCCACGGCGACAGGCACGGGCCCGGUCGGUGUUGGCGGGCCACGAUCGGGCCUAGGCAUGGGCGCUGGCAUGCUCGCCCAGAGCAGCGGUGCGAAACCUCCGAACAAGGCCAUUGCGAAAAAGAAGACGGCACUCAUCCUGCCCGGACAGGGCUCACAGUACGUGGCCAUGUCACUCGACAUCUACCGCAAGUACCGAUCGGCGAGACACGUUUGGAAUGUUGCAGAGGAAGCCCUCUUGACGCCCGCCUCGGCCCAUCAGCAGAGACAGCGCGGCUCCAGAGAUCUAUUUCCCCCCGAGGGAGAGAUGGCAGAGAGCGAAGAACAGCGAAACAAGUUUGAAGAGGAGCUGGCCAAGAGCGUAUCCUGGGAUCGCGCCAGGGGCCUGACGGGCGCUGGAACGGCCGUCGCUCGCAGCCGCCGAGGCUGGCUGCGAGAUCUGGUGUUCUCUGGCGAUCAACUGGACCUCACACGAGCCGAAAACGCCCAGCCGUCGAUCCUCGUCUCCUCGCUGUCGAUACUGUCUGUUUUGCGAAACGAAUUCCCCGUCGACCUCAUCUCCAACCACAUUGAUGUCGUUGCCGGCCAUGGUUCAGGAACGUACGCGGCCCUGUGUGCAAUGGGCAACCUCGACGUCCGUGAUGGCGUUCGCCUGCUCAGACACCGUGGCUUGGCAAGCUCGCACUAUGUCAGCAUCAACAAGACGCUGUUCCCCGAAGGGUGCCAGAUGCCCGAGAGCAUUUAUGAGACGUGGGCCUUUGCCAAUGCUGGGAGUGGCAAGGGUGCGGAGCUCUUGACGACGACCAACAUUGGCAUCGAGACUGGUGGCGGCAAGGUCAAGGGCGGCCGAGGGUGGAAGCGGAGCCAAAUGUCCGGCUGCAUGAUCCGUCCGGGCAAGCUGCGCCAGGCCCUUGCUUGCGUCGAGCGCGUCUCUGGCGAGAUCCGCCGGGGCGAAAUCGAGAACGUGGGGAGGGACGAGGUGGUGGAAGUGGCCAACAUCAAUUCGAGCCUGCAGAUUGUCCUGAGCGGGACCCGCGUCGGCGUCUCGCUCGCCUCGGACCGGCUCAGGGCAGAGAUGUUCGGCGCCAGGGCUGUCAACCUCCCCGUCUCGGGCCCAUACCACUCCUCGUUGAUGUCCGAUGCCGCCGACUUUCUGAGGCCCGCCAUCGAGUAUCUGCCCAUGCGAGAUGCUGAUCCCGUGGGCCCAGGCAAGAAGCUGGACCUCGUCUCGUCGUGCGACGGCUCCAUCCUCGAGGGCGUCGAUGCGAUCCGGUCCGACCUGUCAGGCGCGCUGGCCAAGCCCGUCAUGUGGCUCGACAGCAUCGAGACGAUGCUCUCGCAGGGCGUCCAGCGCUUCAUCUGCCUCGGCCCCGGUCGCGCCUGCGCCCACCUCCUCUCCAAGGAGCUCGCACAUCGCGACCAGGUCGAGGUGGCCAAGGGCGGCAAGCCGGGCGAGUACGAGGUGUGGAGCAUCACCUCGGUCGAGGACGUGGAGCAGCUCGCCAGCGUCUUUACCCAGCUCAGCCAGAGCGAGGCUGGCGGGAGCCUGCAGCAGCAAAAAGACGAGAGAAGUGUGGGCCUUGACGAUAGCUAUGUAGCUCUGUAA